ACAUUUGUAGUUAUUACAUAAAGUAAUUUUGUGAAGGCAGGAAAAUAUGUUGAGUGCUUUAUACAAUAAUUUUUGUUUGGUGCAACUAGUUACUGCAGUUGUUGCUUUAUUGUUAGCUGUUAAAGUUUACAUAAAGCUUACAACUGGAUGGUGUAACAGUCAAACAACUCUACAGGGAAAAGUCGCCAUUGUCACCGGCGCCAACACAGGAAUUGGAUAUGAGACUGCCUCGGAUUUAGCCAAACGUGGUGCCAAAGUGAUUUUUGCUUGCAGAGAUAAGGUGAAAGCUGAGGAAGCUAUCAAAAAAUUGGUUGCUGAAACCACCACCGUUAAUGUCUCAGUAAAACUUUUAGACCUUUCGUCUUUGGACUCCAUCCGGAGAUUCGCCAAGGAGAUUUUGGAAAAGGAAACUCGACUGGACAUUCUAGUUAACAAUGCUGGGGUUGGUGGAAUGGAGGACGAGAAAAUUGGAGGAUUGCAAAACACCAUGCUGAUCAAUUAUUACGGACCGUUCCUGCUGACCAAUUUGUUGCUUGACUUGCUCAAGAAAUCUGGGCCAUCUCGAAUCGUUAACGUGGCAUCUAUCGCGGCCAAAUGGGCCAAACUGGAUAUAGACGACAUCAACGCCUUUCCGGGAAAAUCGAUGAUUUACUUCAACAGCAAACUGUGCAACAUUCUGUUCACAAUUGAACUGGCCAACAGACUAAAAGAUACCAAAGUCACAACCUACUCUGUCCAUCCAGGAGUUGUCGACACUGAUAUUUUCAGAAAAAUGCCUGCAUGGAUGCUGGCCAUUACCAAGUUUGUCUUGAAGAACUUCUGCAAGAACGCUACUGAGGGAGCUCAAACAACAAUCCACUGUGCUGUGCAAGAGGGCAUAGAAAAAUACUCAGGGGAACAUUUUGAAGACUGUCAACUUGUUGAGAGAUACAAAACUGCAAAAGAUCCGUACUUACACAAGAAAGUAUGGGAUGAGACUGAGAAACUGCUGAAAUUAAUAUAAACUAUGAAUGUUUAAUGACUACAUAAAUAUAUACCAAUUUUUACAUUUAA